UGUCAGUGUUGCCAGAUCCGCGGUUUUCACACUGUUGCCGCGGGUCGUUUUUUAAUGUUCGCUUGUUGAAGCGACCCUAACAACGUGAUUUCUAGCCACUAGAUAAUGCGGAUUUUACAAGGAGAAUCCCGCUUAAAAACGUGUAGCUGGUUUACCCGCCCCUGAAUGCGAUGUGCACCGGUGCAACCCCCCCGAAACGCGACUGAGCUACUUCUGAGGAUCAACUGGGCGGGUUUUGUUGUGAAAACCUGGCAACCCUGGUUUGUGUAUCCUUCAGUCCGUUUCAGAAGCGGAGAGAGGAUUACCACAGAAACCGAGUGCGAUUGAAGAGCGAUUUUUCCAUCGGAUUCGCAUCCCGACACCUUUCCUACAUUCUCGGACGACGCUUCCAACGCCGACCGUAGAUGGUUUCCCGCUGUUCUCCAAUGGAUUACUAAUUUAACCGCAGAAAGACCGCGACCUGCCGGAUAUAUAUCAGCUGAAGAUCUGAAACUGAGUUCACUCGAGAGGAUCACCGUCACCGUGGACGGAGAUGAAGACACUGGAGGAGCCCCCUUACCUGACCGUUGGCACUGAUGUGAGCGCCAAAUACAGAGGGGCGUUCUGUGAGGCCAAGAUCAAGACCGCCAAGAGACUCGUCAAAGCAAAGGUCACCUUCAAACCCAGCUCGUCCACUGCGGAGGUGCACGAUGAACACAUCAGAGGAGCGCUGAAGGUGGGUGCUGUGGUCGAAGCCAGGAACCAGGAUGGGAUCUAUCAAGAGGCCACCAUCACCAAACUCACCGACGCUAGCUUGUACACCGUCGUGUUUGAUGAUGGCGAUGAGAAGACCCUCAGGCGCUCGUCUCUCUGCCUGAAAGGAGCGCGACACUUCGCCGAGAGUGAGACGCUCGACAGGCUUCCUCUGACAAACCCCGAACACUUCGGCACUCCUGUCAUCGGCAAAAAAGGAAACCGCCGAGGCCGACGCUCCAACCCCAUUCAAGAAGAGGAGUCAUCUUCGUCGUCUAGUGAGGAAGAGGAGGGCGAUCAGCAACAGAACGAAGAGCUUUACGGCAAAGUGGUGUGUGUGGAUGGAGUCGUCACUAGUGACAAGAAGAGAACCACAUGGUAUCCUGCGCUGGUCAUCUCUCCAGACUGUCACGACGAUGUGACUUUGAAGAAAGACAACGUUUUUGUUCGCUCCUUCAAAGAUGGAAAAUUUUACACAGUUUUGCGGAAAGACGUUCGAGAGCUGGAUGAAGAGAAAGCUCCUAAAGCGGACGCAGCACUCAAACCAGCGUUAGAUGCAGCGUGGGAUUUCCAGCGUGACCGCACUGUGCCCAACACGUGGAGGACGGAGGUGAAGGAUGAAAGCUCCAGCAGUGAGGAUGAUGACGAGGAAGAGGAGGAGGAACAAGAGGAAGAGGCCAGCAGCGAGGAGGAAGAGGAGGAAGUAGAGCCGUUCCCAGAAGAGAAAGACAACUUCCUACAGCAGCUUUACAAAUUUAUGGAGGACAGAGGAACUCCUAUCAAUAAGCGACCGGUGCUGGGCUACAGGAACCUGAAUCUUUUUAAACUCUACCGGCUGGUGCAUCAGCUCGGAGGAUUUGACGAUCUAUCGAGAGCGGAUCUGUAUGUGUAUCAGGAUCUGGGCAUCCCCGUGCUCAACUCCGCAGCCGGUUACAACGUCAAGUGCGCCUACAGGAAGUACCUGUAUGGCUUUGAGGACUACUGCACCUCCACGGGGGUCGUGUUCCGCAUGGAUCUGCCGUAUAAGACGGGCGAGAAGACGAGCUCAAAGAGCGAGGAGGUGAACGCGGAGGAAACGCUCAACACUGUCUCUUUAAGCACAUCCAGCGCUGGAGAGGAGCAGAGAGCCCUCGGAGAACCUGAGACCCCCAACAGCCCACAUGUGGUCAAGGAGGAGGACGCAGAAUCCACCGCACCUUGUGAAGAUAAAGUGGACAUCAGCAGUGUGAAUGAGGAGGAGGAUGACCACGCUGAUGAAGAGGAGAGCGAUUCGAAAGAGGAGGCCAAAGAAUGCAUCCCGACCGCGCAGAGUCCCGUCGCUGAGAGCGUGGAGGAGGAAACGUGUGAGGAACCCCACGACAAAGAUCUCUCAGGGGAUGUCAGCAGUCAGGAGUGGGAGGAAGGGGAGGAGUUUGAGUGUUACCCUCCUGGGAUGAAGGUGCAGGUGAGGUAUGGGCGAGGCCGCAAUCAGAAGACGUACGAAGCCACUGUGAAAGAGUCAGACCUGGAGGGGGGAGAGGUGCUCUACCUGGUGCACUACUGUGGCUGGAACGUCAGGUAUGACGAGUGGAUCAAAGCCGAUAAGAUCGUCAGACCAGCCAAUAAGAACGUCCCUAAAAUAAAACACCGCAAAAAAAUAAAGAAUAAAGCAGAACGAGAAAGAGACCGAAUAGAGCGACUGACAGACAGAGAGGAUCUUCCUUUAUCCAAAAAUCGCAUCAGUCGAUUGUCCAAACCCAACUCUGGCAGUGAUGUUUACUCCAAGAUGGAGGAGUGUGGUGAUAAAGGAAGCCAGCAGUCACCCGUCAAGCCCUUAGAGAUCACUUCUAUUCUCAACGGCCUCCCAGGCUCUGAGAGCUCCACAGACGACAGUGAGCAAGAAGACGAUGGUGAUGCUGAUCACGACGAAGAGCGCCCGCAUACGCCACAGCACUGGGAGAGCGGGAGCCCGUCUGAAGCCUUCAAAGCUCCCGCGGUCGUGGACGAGGAGCCUAGCGUCCAGGACGCUCCAGAAACGGUCAAGAGAAAGGGCCAAUUUGAGGUGGAGGUCGAAGGUUCUGGUGGCAGAAGAAAAAAAGGAGACGGUCAAGGCGAGCGCACUUUGAAAAGCCCAGCGAAAGGCAAAACUAGAAGCAGCAGCCGAGGCGAUUGGUUGCCAAGUAGCUCGGCCAAAAAGUUGGAGGAACGAGGCCUGCUGGAGAAUAGAGGCGCUCAGUCGUGUAGCAGCUCUGAAGACGAAGUAGAUCCUCCAACAGAACCACAAACCAAGGAAGAACCAAGAGGAAACCCCAAAACCAAGGGCUCCCCUUCAAAGAAAUACAACGGAGUGAAGGAGAAGAAUAAAAGCAGGCAUUCGGGAUUCUGGGAGAUCCCGGAGAAAAGAGCCAAAGUAUCCACAGCGAUCGAAGAAAGGUCACCUGGCUGUCGUACUAAAGGCCAGAAGGAUGUGUGGUCCAGUAUCCAAGUUCAGUGGCCCAAGAAGACCCUAAAGGAGCUGUUUUCGGACUCGGAUACCGAGGCGGCCAACUCGCCUCCACCCGCCGUAACGGCUCCGGACGAGCCCUGCGUUGAACCCUCCCGGGACGAGGAGAUCGCCGAGGACAAGCUGCAGGAGCAUCCCAGCAGCGGCACCAACUCUGUCCUCAACACGCCUCCGACGUCGCCGGAGUCGCCCGCCGUGGGCGAAGGACCCGCCGAGGUUCUGGUCGAGAUCCGAGCGCCAUCGCCGCCCGCCAGUCCUCCAGCCGUCUCUUCACCGGCAGGACCUCUGAUGGAGGAGCAGGCGGGGGGGCGCAGCGAGUCCGACAGCAGCACGGUGGAGGUGGAGAGCUUGGGCGGAGAAAUCCAGGAGAUUCCUCGAGAAGUUGGGGCGGGUUCCCCUUCCAAGGCCUUCGAUGGAAACCUGUCCUGCAACAGUAACAGCAACUGUAGCCUGACGCUCAGCAACAGCAGCCAGCAGGAGAGCGAGCAGAAAGCCAAAGCCUCAUCCAGUCAGAAGCGGCACAAAGAGUCUCAAGGCGGCGGAGCAUCAAAGAAACACAAGCGCAGUCAUAAAAACCUGAGCUUACAUCCCAAGAAGAUCCGCAAACCAGCCCACAGCAGUGACAGUGAGGACCAGUGUAUGAGUGAGAGCACUGCCAAAUCCCCCACAUCCAAAAGCAGCAGCGAGCUGAAGACAGCCAUCCCGCACAAGUGCUCCGGCCGGACGCCCCCCUCAGGCCACAAGUACCACAAGCACGCUGACCCGGAUCAUUCCCACGGCCCGACCAAGUGGAGCUUCCAGAUGUCGGACCUGGAAAAGAUGAGCAGUCUAGAGCGGAUAGCGUUCCUUCAGGAGAAACUGCAGGACAUCAGGAAUCACUACCUCCUGCUUAAAUCUGAGGUGGCCUCCAUCGACAGGAGACGCAAGCGCAUGAAGAAGAAAGAGAGAGAGAGUGCGGCGGCAGCCUCGUCCUCGUCCUCAUCCUCGCCGUCCUCCAGCUCUCUGACGGCGGCGGUCAUGCUAACGCUGGCCGAGCCCACGGUGUCCGGCGCGUCUCAGACCUCGGGGCUGUCCGUGGAGUGCAGGUGACAGCAGCGGGACGCCGGCGAGCAGCACAGAGCACUUAACCAGCACCUGCCCCAGAGACACUGACAGACACAGCCACGGGGCGCAAACCUGACGAAACCAUAGCCACCAGACAGCAACAAGCACUAUUUUAUAUCGACAACUGUUUCCUUGGCAAGCUAAUUGCACUCAAGUGCACUUUUUUUCUGGUGGGUCGGGUUUGACAACAGGACAAAGACCAAAACCAAGCCAAACCAACCCCUUUCAUUUUUUUUACCAUUAUGAAUAUUUGAUCCUGUCUUUGAAUAUGAAUUCAUCUGCAGUGGCUGAACACUGUAAUUCACCCUCAGAUCCACCACCGGUGUAAAGUCGGUCCCGGGCCGGAGCCGCUGGAGUUUAGAAACACUGGGUCAGUCGACGCUGCAGUGCCUUACGGUUCGGGCACUCGUGAGGAAUGCUGGGUAACCUGUAAUCGAAGGGUAGAUGUGUGUUUCAUAACAUAGAGCCCAAACUCUCAUUAAAGAGAAUGUCUGGUUUUCUUUUUAAUCAUAA